AUGUGGAGGACUGACGGCAGUAAAGCUUAUCCAUUUCGUCACAAACAUCCGAAUCACUUCCCACCCUCACCACGAGGAACAGACACCCAUCUUUCUACUUGCUUCGAAGACCAUGAAGCCAAUGAAGAGUUUCCAAUUGUCUUCAUGAUGCCUGAAUAUCAUCCUAGAGCUCAUAAUAAUUCUUCUUCGUCGUCGAGUUUUGAUAUUGUACUCACAACACCAACGCCGACGGAACGGAAGCAGCGGGAUACAAUGCUCACCUCUAUGCCUCGGCCGAACAUGCCGUCCGUCACAGGCUAUUUUGCUUCAAAGUACCUGGAUGGGGAAGAAGAUAUAUCGACGCCACCAAUUCCAAUGCGGAGAAGACCGAGUCUCAAUCUAAGACCUUUGUCAAUCCCACCUCGCGGUCCAAUACCAACAAGUCGGAGUUCUCCACAGACAAAAUAUCACUCAUCCUCAUCUUCAUCUUCAUCCUCAACUCCAACAAUAGCCACGCCUAUCCGAUCUCGACGUCGGCGAAAAGAUGCGCCACCAACUCCUUCCUCUCAGGCUCCUGAGAAGAUGACGGAUCUUCUUACGGAAGUCCUGAAUAUCAUGAACACAGUAAUGGAACAACAGCAUUCUGCUCAGGAAGAAGAUGCGAUACUUGGAGACCUGACAGAACUUGUUGUAAUUAUGCAGGAAGAAGCAGAAGCGUUGUUACAUUUGGCGGAUGUGGUGGAGGAGUAUGUGGAGGAAGUGGAUCUUGCCAAAGAAGCGGCGGAAAUCGAAGACUGGGUCGAGGAGUUGGGUCUUGAUGAGAUGCCAGAGGUCAGUGAUGGAAGUGGAAGUUCGACUGAAACUGAGCUGGAUGUCGCACCCAUCCUUGUCGAUCCAGAAAAGCAGUCGCGGAAUAAAAGCCACGCGAGGGACGACUCUUAUGACUCAGCGCUCGGUUUGGAAGAUGAGGGAACAUUAGGGCAUACGAGGAAUCCGAGCGAGAUCAUUCACCAAGCGGCAGUUGUGCAGAUAGCUCAGGUACGAAAAACGGAAAGCGAGGCGCGGAGAGGAAAUCUGGUGGAGAUUGGGAGGAGAGCAAUGGAGAGAUCAGAAGGCAUGGCUUCAGCACCACAGACACCAAGAACACCCAAAACACCACAGAUCUCGCGGACGCCCUUGUCUCCAAGAGCAUUCUAUGUGCCCUACCGCAAGCCUUCUAUUGGAUUGAUUAAGGUGGAUAAGGCUGAGUUGUGGAGUAUGGGGAAGGGAACGUCCAAAGGCAAAGGCAAAUCGAGGAAAGCCCCACCGCCGCCACUUUCGCCUUUCAGGGACUCGGGGCUGGUCAUGAGUCCGAACAGUAGUUUGAGGAGUAGACCACUGGGGAGAAAUGAUAGGGGAAUUGUGUUGAGUCCGAGAUGGAUAUAA